UAAAAGUAGUAUUAAGUUGGAAGGAAUGUCUUAGAUUGUGUUCUCUCCUUGAGACAAGCUUAUUUUUAAAGAACCCCGUCCAAUCAGAUGUAACUUUGAUGAUAAACUAACAAUAUAAAACUUCAGCAAUCCCCAAGUUUUCUCCAUUUUCACUUGAUAACACAGCUUCUCACCAUGUUUCGGUCUGUUUUGCUGGUCUUCGUUGGAAUUUGUUUGUACGCGGUUCAUUCUAACAAACAAGACUGUCCAUACAAACCUACCGCAACAGAAAAAUACAACUACAUGUUAGAUUUAUCAGACAAUGGAGAAUAUUUUCUUUUCUGGAAAUUUAACGACUCGCACAUCACUUUUGAAGUUCACGCUAAAACCCACGGAUACGUCGGGUUUGGACUGUCAAAGACUGGGCGGAUGUACCCGGCGGAUAUCGUCACUGGGUGGGUCAAGCCCGAUGGAUCAACGGUGUUUACAGAUCGCUUUAGUUCUGGUCACUUUCUACCCGAGAAGGACGCAUCACAAGAUUACAAACUCCUCCGCGCCGAUGAAAAUGAGUUCGGCACCGUUCUAAAAUUCGUGCGCGCUCUAGACACGUGUGACUCAAAGGAUAUCAUAGUUUCUCAUGAUACUUUGAGGGUCAUUUACGCCUACCACCCAGAUGAUCCUGAGUCCGACGACAGUUUGUCUUAUCACGGGGGCUCCAGAAGGGGGUUCAAAAGUGUUCGAUUACUGGAGGCCCGGGCGGAGAUUCCGCCACUCCCGGAGGACGCAAAAUAUUUUGACUUCCUGAAUGGCAUCAAUGGGGAAAACAACUUGUUCAAAGUUCCACCAAAGGACACCUUCUAUCACUGCACUACUUUUAACAUGCCCAACAUCGGGGGUAAACGUCACGUGAUCAGGUACGAUCCAGUUUUGACCCCAGGAAACGAAAAAAUAGUGCACCAUGUCGUCUUAUACCGGUGUCGCGGGGAGGAAUCAAAUUUAGCCCACAUGGACUAUGACUGUUACGAGCUCACUAAAGAAUACCGCCCUCAGUGUCGGUCCGUCUUCCUUAUGUAUGAAAUCGGGGCUGGCUCUUUCAUUUGGCCGGAGAAUGCUGGGAUGUCUUUGGGAGCAGAAGGUGACCCGACAUUUUUUGUCAUGGAGACCCACUACUCCAACCCAGACUUAAGAGAUGAUAUUCUGGACAAUUCGGGAAUUCGAAUCUUCUACACAAAUCAGUUGCGUCAGUACGAGGCUGGCGUCAUGGAAACGGGAAUGGAAAUAACUCUUACUCAGUUUAUUCCACCACACGAGACCAAGUUCUUGUCAGAAGGCAUUUGUUCACCCGAGUGUCUCAAAAUGGCACUACCAAACGCCACCGAUGAAAUAAGAGUAUUUGCUCUUUUUCAUCACUCACAUCUUCUUGCUAAUGGAAUGAAAACGAGGCUCAUACGUAAUGGUGUGGAGCAGCCACCAAUUGCAAAUGAUGAAAAUUAUGACUUCAAUUUUCAAGCAGCUAAUGUUUUGCAGAAGGAAAUAACAAUUAAGUCGGGUGACAGUUUGAUUAUAGAAUGUAACUACAACUCUGAAACACGGAAAAAUGUUACAAUGGGAGGACUUGGCAUUAGAGAUGAAAUGUGUCUCUCCUUCCUAAUGUACUACCCCAAAGUCCCGAUCGAUGCCUGUCUGAGUUCCCCUGCCCACGAUGCACCCUCUGAUUUCGCCAUGGACCAAAUGACCAUGUUUCUAAAACAGGUAGACCACCAUCAUGACAAUCAAAUGAAUCGACUCAACAACUUGAUCAACCAUAUUGACUGGAAGGACCCUUCCGUGAGGGCAAAGUUCCGGAACAAAUCACACAUGUCUGGUUUUAACAAUCAGUGUUUCUACAGAGGCAAAAAGGUGUACGGAGAUUACUUCAGACGACCGGAAGUCAAGGUUCCAUACAUAAAACCCAAGUCCAAUUGUGAACAGUAAACAUCCGAGAUUACUAGCAUCCAAAGGGGAACACUUUCAUCAGACAUAAUAAUUGCAACACUAUAUGCAUAUUGUGUUGCAUUUUUAGAUAGAAUGUCUUACACAGUCUGCAAUCAUGUAUUAAACUAAAGACAAUUUUGUGUUUAUACAUACCAUACUAGUACAUGAUUUGCUGAUUUGUACGAAAGAUACUUUUUAUCAAAAUAAAAUUAUAA